AUGAAACAGAUCAACAUCACGACUGGAAAGCAGCGACCAAUCAAACGGCUCAACCCUCUAAGAAGAGAUACCAAAGAGUGUGAAGACAUAAUGAAACGCUUUAUGGAGACAAUGCCUGAUUUCCCCAUCAAGUCAAUUCAGAGAAUACAGAACUUACACCUCUGGGAGUUAUUUUGUAGGAGGCGGGAACAACUGGGGAGGCUAAAACAAAUGAAUCUUGAAGAGAGAAUGUUGUUUCACGGCACAGACUUCGGAAAUGUUCGGUCCAUAUGUAGUUCGAAUUUUGACUUGAAGUUAGCCGGACGCCACGGUUCUGUCUAUGGCAAAGGGAUUUAUUUUGCACGAAAUGCCAGUUUUGCACAUAAAUACUGCAAGUCCACGGACAGCUGGAAAGGCAUGCAGCCGCUCAAGGCCAUGUUUCUAGCCCGAGUGUUAGUCGGGGAGUUCACACUCGGAGAAGGCAGGUUUUGCAGCCCUCCCUCCAAAGACAAGACCAGGACAAGCUUCUAUGACAGCUGUGUUGACGAAUUUUUCCACCCAAACAUUUUUGUAGUGUUUGACAGCAGCCAGAUAUACCCAGAGUAUUUGAUUGAGUUUUAG